AUCGCAACGUCACUGUCACAUUUGUUUUGAGUUUUGACAUUUGCUAAUGUGUUUUUAAUUGCUAUUUGGGUCUGUAUUUUCUAGUAUUGUAAAACAUUACGACAAAUAGGAACUUAUCUAGAAACAGGCUAGCUUUGAUUCUGCAGAAGAGGCCCCAGAAAUUUAGCAGGUCACAAUCUUGAGAGGUUUGCAAUGACAAGACAUGCAAGAAAUUGUACUGCAGGCGCGGUGUAUACUUAUCAUGAAAAGAAAAAGGAUGCUCAAGCCUCAGGAUAUGGGACAAAUGCUACAAGGAUUGGCAAAGAUUCAGUGAAGGAUUUUGAUUGUUGCUCUCUAUCACUACAACCAUGCCGAAACCCUGUGAUAACAAAAGAUGGGUACCUCUUCGAUAAGGAAGUAAUCCUGGAGUACAUCAUCAAAAAGAAAAAUGAAUAUAGCAAAAAACUGAAGGAUUAUGAGAAAAGGAAAAAGAAAGAAGAGGAUGAGUUGACUCAACAGAAAGUGAACGAGGUAGAGAAGAAAGUUUCAUCAUUCUUGAAGGAAGAGGAUAAUAUUGUAAGCAAAAGGAUUGCUGGUUUUCAAUCAGAAAAUUUUGAUGAACUUUUAGAUAAACCAAGUACUUCAACAUCAAUAUCUAACAUGGCCGAAGGCAGAGACAAAGAUUUGCCUAGCUUUUGGGUUCCAUCUAUGACACCAAGUGCAGAAAAAAAGAAGCUGGAGAAACCAGACCCUACAAUCUAUUGUCCAAUAUCAAACAAGCCACUGAAGGUGAAGGAUCUGGUAGAUGUCAAAUUUACUCCUGUACCUGAUGAUGACAAGAAAUCAAUACAUGUCAAGGAAAAUCGUUACAUGUGUGCAGUGACGCAUGACAUAUUGAGCAACUCAGUACCAUGUGCUGUCUUGAGACCCACUGGCGAUGUUGUAACUUUGGAAUGUGUAGAGAAGAUAAUCAAAAAAGACUGGACACAUCCUUUGACAAGCAAAAAAUUGACAGAAAAAGACAUAAUUGUUAUGCAGAGAGGUGGCACUGGCUAUGCACUGACAAAUUGCAAAUUAGAAGCUAAGCAUGAAAGACCUGCAUUACAAGCAUGAAUGUUAUUUAUAUUUAGUUCCAGUAAUCAGUUUAUAAAUAAACUAUGUUAUUUCA